GCCGAUCCGUUCGGCCGUUCUGUCGUAAUUUGUCUUUCGCGUGAAUCGAUCAUGCGUCGCGGCGCGUUAUUGUUCCUCGCGGGUACGCUGCUCGCGUUACUCGCGAGAAUCCCCGAUGUCCGGGCGUAUCCCACGGAGGAUCGGGACAACGCGUUAACGACGACAGUUGCCGGCGUGGACGAGAAGAAUUCGUCAUUUCAAGAUUUGUGUCAUUUCAAAAUAUGUGCUAUGAAUGAGACUGGAGCUAGUCCGAUAAUUUCUGAGAUUGCCUUAUCACUCAGCGCAGAGCAGAGUGUUGAUGAGCAUGCGAAGAGAGACGCUUAUAAAGAUGUCAGUAUGGAGACCUUCCAGGACGAGGAGAAGGAAUUUCAGCGUGUGAGGCGUGCGUCGAAGAGGAAGGGUAAAGAGAAUGGCAACGAUGAUGACAGCAGUAGUAGUUCUUCCAGCGACGACGACAGCGAUGACAACGAUGAUCAUCAAAAGAGCCCGAAACGAUGCGUGAAAUCUAAGAAGGAUGACGACGACGACGACGAUUGUGAUAACGAUCGUAAGAGCAAGAAACAAAGCGUGAAAUCCAACAAAGAUGACAACGAUUGUGAUGAUGAUGAUGAUGAUGAUGACGAUGAUGAUGAUGAUGAUGACGACGACGACUCAUCGUCUUCUUCUUCUUCGUCUUCGGAGGAAAAUAAGAAAAAACGAGAGAAAAGACAUAUCGAAGAUGAUAGUCUGGAAGAUGUAUCAUCACCCAAACGAGAGAAGAGACGUAUCGAAGAUGAUACUUCGGAAAGUGUAUCAUCGCCCAAACGAGAGAAGAGACGUAUCGAAGAUGAUACUUCGGAAAGUGUAUCAUCGUCCGAAGAAUUAAAAAAUCAGACGAGAUUUAUGCGAGGUGUAUCGGAGAAUUACUCGUCCGGGGAAAAAAAUAAUCCGACGAAUCGACAUGUCGGAGAGGUUGGCUCGAAAAGCGAAUCAUCAUCCAAAGAGGUGGACAAAUCGAAAGAGUCGGGAUUGAUCCGAAUUCCUUUAUUCCGAACAGAUGGGGAGAAUAAACAGAAGAAUCGAUUUGUCAGAUCGUUCCAAGAUACUUCAGACGGUAUUAUAUCAUCGUUCGAAAAGACGGGCACCCUGAAUCGAUUUAUCCGAGGGCUCGAUACUUCGGAAGAAAGUAAAUCGUCCUUCUCGAAAGAAAGGAAUGAACCAAAGAAUCAGCUUGUUCGGUCAACCGAAGAUUCCACGAGUAAAUUGUCGUCUGAAAAAAGUGAUAAAGCCCUUUUCCUUAUUCCUCCUUACAUCGAAGAUGUUAGUCGUUCGCACAGUACCGUAAAGCAAACUGACAAACCGCACAAUCGAGUGACUCGAUCGAACGACGGCAAGAAGAAGAAGAAGAUACAGAAGAAGAAGAAGAAUACGAAGACGAAGCGCCAUUGUACGCCCAAGGCGACUACUCCUAAGGUGGAUACUCAUGAAACGAUGCUACCAACGGAUCAUCUUCCGGUUUGAUAUAUAGCAUUAGUCCCCAAAGUUUAUUUUCUUUACAUCACAAAUACGAUAUUUACAAAGAGUUUACAUUAUAUAAAGUUAAUGCAAUCUGAAUACUUUUACUUGUACGUUUAAUUAAACUCUUAAAAUCGCAGUAAAUAUAUAUUCAAAUAUAAAGUU